ACGCCGACCGAUAGGCCGACAGAGUGUUCGAUUGGCCGAGCGAUUGAUCGAUUGAUGAUCGAUGAGUCGAUUAAAAUGAAAUGGCCAAAUUAGUUUACCUGUUAUUAUGAUAAGACUUUAAUUUUCUUUACGGUGGUUAAUCAAUCUUAUUCAACUUCAAGUUAUUUCAAAUAAACUAAGUGUUUAAUUUUUCCGCCGACGCAGCAAAAUAGUUUCUUCCCAAAAUAGUAACUUUCCUCGUCCUAGUGUGAUUUCCCUCAUAAAAGAAAUAUGUGUAGGCUAAAUAAACCCCAUGACUGUUCUAUUCUAGCUAUAAUUAUACCUCACAUGAUGUCCUAGGGACACCUUCGCGAAUCCAGAACGCGGCAGUUACAAUGUCGGAAAGCGAUGCCAAAGCGUUCCUCUUUGCUCGUUCAACGCGGCUGGCCCACAUCUUAUCAAUGUUCCAUUCUUUCACUCUUUCCUUGGCGUUCUGAUAUUUCUCUAUCAGUUCACUUAAAUUCGGUUUUCUAAAAGCAGAUCUAUUACCAGUUCCUAAAAUAGAGUGUCGUUUCCCAGACGUAUGCGGCUUAAAACAAACUGUUUCGGAGUUAUUCUUGGACUGUUCUGUUGGGCUUGGUUUUGAAUCGUCUAGGAUCGGAUCCAGAGAAAGGCAAAGAGACUGAGCAAACAAAGCGGUCGGCUCAUCAUUGUUAUUUUGACGAGCUUCUUCCGAUAACUUCGGAUCAAAAUCUGGUUCCAUGUCUGUGAAACUAUCGCCUCGCGGGAAUUUUUAAAACACGAUUGUUACGUCAAGGUUAGUUUCGACGUCAUUGUUGACGAGACAAUGCCAAAGUGAUUACAUCACAAAUGUAAUCAAUUCUGAUCACUCAAUGAUUGAAUCAAAGCAUUAAAAUUCCAUCAAAAAGUAGAAGGCCGAUGAAAAUAUCGUGUAAACGAGGUAUUUGAUUUAAAAUAGAAUGGCAACGGAAUUGAAGACUCGGAGGAAAUCACGUGAGCCGUAUGACCAAUCGCUGAACCCAUUUGCUCAACCGCGCACUUCUGUCGCGUUUUCAGAAGAACUCAGAAACAGGUUAAAACAAAUGGGUUUUGGUGGUGAUACGAGCAAACCUGUUGGCAUAGAGUUUGAUGAUAUUGUAGCAGCCUCAUUCAGAAUUCGAAAAGGAGUUGGAAAGACACCAUGUGAGAAAUGUAGCAUUCCAGAAUUGAGUAACAUGGAGGUUUUUUUCAAGAAAGAAAAUUUGCACCCAUCAGGGAGUUUUAAAGAGAGAGGAGCGAUGAAUUCCUUGUUACUGUUAUCUGAGGAUCAAAAAGACCGCGGUGUCAUUACUGCAACACCAGGGAAUCAUGGGAUAGCCCUUGCAUUUCACGGUCAAGCAUUAGGGGUUACCGUUCACGUUAUCUUACCAGAACACUCGCCAUUGAUCAAGCAAACAAUGUGCAAGAAAUUUGGCGCCAAAGUCAUCAUCAAAGGAAGCAACCAAUUAGAGGCAAAAGAAUUUGCUACGAGCAUGGCUACAGAGAAGCGCCUGGCUUACAUUGAUGGGUCCGAUCAUCCUCACGUGAUCAGUGGGCAAGGCACUAUGGGAUUAGAAAUCAUCGACCAAGUUAAGGAUUUGGACGCCAUAGUUAUUCCCGUGGGUGGAGGGGGUCUGCUAGCUGGAGUGGCUCUCGCUAUUAAGACAGUUUACCCCAAAGUUCAAGUUAUAGGUGUUCAAUCUCAGAAGUGUGCGAGUUUUCAGGCCGCAAUGGAUGCUGGGCAACCUGUUAAAGUCGCCUUUGAUGAACCUACAAGUCUAACAGACUCACUAAACGUGCCAGAGGUCGGAAAGAACGCUUUUCAUAUUGCCAGAGGACUCGUAGACAAGUUAGUGACCGUCAGCGAGGAUGACAUUGGUUCAGCCGUCUUGAAACUGACUGAAAGUGAACAAACCGUGGUUGAGGGGUCUGGGGCGGCUGGUGUCGCUGCCUUGCUAGGAGGAUAUUUACCAGAGCUGCGAGGAAAACGGUGAGGGAGAGUGUCUGGUAGAAAGAAACGUACAUUAGGGAGCCUUGUAAACUAACGUGUUGUAAAAAUGGCGUAUACGCGUUUUAACGGGAAAGGUUUACAACGUGAGGCCUUGUACUUACCCAUUUAUCGAUCGACUCCUGUUUGCAUUACUGUGAACAACACAUUUACAAAGUAAUACAUUUUUGCAGUAAGAUAUAUUUUUUUCUGGUAAAGGAGCACCCAUUUUGCUUUUGUCAUUUAUGCUAACAGCUAUUUCGUGUAGGAUGGACCCUAAAUGGUUGACUUACUGAAGGCUUCAAAUAUAUCUAUAAAUGCACUUAAGUUUCGCUCGGAUCUCACAAGGAGCCGUGAAAACGAGCUGAUUAACUGAGUGCAUGGUAUUCAACUAUUAGCUUCUUAGCUCGAGAUUUCUGUCGCGUGAUAGUUGACGAGGGCGCA